AUGCACAUUCCAGCAGCCCAUGCACACCCCAGCAGCCAUGCACAUUCCAGCAGCACAUGCACACCCCAGCAGCCAUGCACAUUCCAGCAGCACAUGCACACCCCAGAAGCCCAUGCACACCCCAGCAGCCAUGCACAUUCCAGCAGCACAUGCACACCCCAGCAGCCCAUGCACACCCCAGCAGCCAUGUACCCCCCAGUCUCCUCCCGUUUACCCCCCCCCCCCUUGACCUACUUCGCCUCUUCUUUACCCUUCUUCCUCCUCCUCCAUGUGCUCCCCUCCCAUUGCUUCCAUGUCAGUCUCCUCCCGUUUACCCCCCCCCCCCUUGACCUACUUCGCCUCUUCUUUACCCUUCUUCCUCCUCCUCCAUGUGCUCCCCUCCCAUUGCUUCCAUGUCAGUCUCCUCCCGUUUACCCCCCCCCCCUUGACCUACUUCGCCUCUUCUUUACCCUUCUUCCUCCUCCUCCAUGUGCUCCCCUCCCAUUGCUUCCAUGUCAGUCUCCUCCCGUUUACCCCCCCCCCCUUGACCUACUUCGCCUCUUCUUUACCCUUCUUCCUCCUCCUCCAUGUGCUCCCCUCCCAUUGCUUCCAUGUCAGUCUCCUCCCGUUUACCCCCCCCCCCUUGACCUACUUCGCCUCUUCUUUACCCUUCUUCCUCCUCCUCCAUGUGCUCCCCUCCCAUUGCUUCCAUGUCAGUCUCCUCCCGUUUACCCCCCCCCCCUUGACCUACUUCGCCUCUUCUUUACCCUUCUUCCUCCUCCUCCAUGUGCUCCCCUCCCAUUGCUUCCAUGUCAUCUCCUCCCGUUUACCCCCCCCCCCCUUGACCUACUUCGCCUCUUCUUUACCCUUCUUCCUCCUCCUCCAUGUGCUCCCCUCCCAUUGCUUCCAUGUCAGUCUCCUCCCGUUUACCCCCCCCCCCUUGACCUACUUCGCCUCUUCUUUACCCGUCUUCCUCCUCCUCCAUGUGCUCCCCUCCCAUUGCUUCCAUGUCAGUCUCCUCCCGUUUACCCCCCCCCCCUUGACCUACUUCGCCUCUUCUUUACCCUUCUUCCUCCUCCUCCAUGUGCUCCCCUCCCAUUGCUUCCAUGUCAGUCUCCUCCCGUUUACCCCCCCCCCCUUGACCUACUUCGCCUCUUCUUUACCCUUCUUCCUCCUCCUCCAUGUGCUCCCCUCCCAUUGCUUCCAUGUCAGUCUCCUCCCGUUUACCCCCCCCCCCUUGACCUACUUCGCCUCUUCUUUACCCUUCUUCCUCCUCCUCCAUGUGCUCCCCUCCCAUUGCUUCCAUGUCAGUCUCCUCCCGUUUACCCCCCCCCCCUUGACCUACUUCGCCUCUUCUUUACCCGUCUUCCUCCUCCUCCAUGUGCUCCCCUCCCAUUGCUUCCAUGUCAGUCUCCUCCCGUUUACCCCCCCCCCCUUGACCUACUUCGCCUCUUCUUUACCCUUCUUCCUCCUCCUCCAUGUGCUCCCCUCCCAUUGCUUCCAUGUCAGUCUCCUCCCGUUUACCCCCCCCCCCUUGACCUACUUCGCCUCUUCUUUACCCUUCUUCCUCCUCCUCCAUGUGCUCCCCUCCCAUUGCUUCCAUGUCAGUCUCCUCCCGUUUACCCCCCCCCCCUUGACCUACUUCGCCUCUUCUUUACCCUUCUUCCUCCUCCUCCAUGUGCUCCCCUCCCAUUGCUUCCAUGUCAGUCUCCUCCCGUUUACCCCCCCCCCCUUGACCUACUUCGCCUCUUCUUUACCCUUCUUCCUCCUCCUCCAUGUGCUCCCCUCCCAUUGCUUCCAUGUCAGUCUCCUCCCGUUUACCCCCCCCCCCUUGACCUACUUCGCCUCUUCUUUACCCUUCUUCCUCCUCCUCCAUGUGCUCCCCUCCCAUUGCUUCCAUGUCAGUCUCCUCCCGUUUACCCCCCCCCCCUUGACCUACUUCGCCUCUUCUUUACCCUUCUUCCUCCUCCUCCAUGUGCUCCCCUCCCAUUGCUUCCAUGUCAGUCUCCUCCCGUUUACCCCCCCCCCCUUGACCUACUUCGCCUCUUCUUUACCCUUCUUCCUCCUCCUCCAUGUGCUCCCCUCCCAUUGCUUCCAUGUCAGUCUCCUCCCGUUUACCCCCCCCCCCUUGACCUACUUCGCCUCUUCUUUACCCUUCUUCCUCCUCCUCCAUGUGCUCCCCUCCCAUUGCUUCCAUGUCAGUCUCCUCCCGUUUACCCCCCCCCCCUUGACCUACUUCGCCUCUUCUUUACCCUUCUUCCUCCUCCUCCAUGUGCUCCCCUCCCAUUGCUUCCAUGUCAGUCUCCUCCCGUUUACCCCCCCCCCCUUGACCUACUUCGCCUCUUCUUUACCCUUCUUCCUCCUCCUCCAUGUGCUCCCCUCCCAUUGCUUCCAUGUCAGUCUCCUCCCGUUUACCCCCCCCCCCUUGACCUACUUCGCCUCUUCUUUACCCUUCUUCCUCCUCCUCCAUGUGCUCCCCUCCCAUUGCUUCCAUGUCAGUCUCCUCCCGUUUACCCCCCCCCCCUUGACCUACUUCGCCUCUUCUUUACCCUUCUUCCUCCUCCUCCAUGUGCUCCCCUCCCAUUGCUUCCAUGUCAGUCUCCUCCCGUUUACCCCCCCCCCCUUGACCUACUUCGCCUCUUCUUUACCCUUCUUCCUCCUCCUCCAUGUGCUCCCCUCCCAUUGCUUCCAUGUCAGUCUCCUCCCGUUUACCCCCCCCCCCUUGACCUACUUCGCCUCUUCUUUACCCUUCUUCCUCCUCCUCCAUGUGCUCCCCUCCCAUUGCUUCCAUGUCAGUCUCCUCCCGUUUACCCCCCCCCCCUUGACCUACUUCGCCUCUUCUUUACCCUUCUUCCUCCUCCUCCAUGUGCUCCCCUCCCAUUGCUUCCAUGUCAGUCUCCUCCCGUUUACCCCCCCCCCCUUGACCUACUUCGCCUCUUCUUUACCCUUCUUCCUCCUCCUCCAUGUGCUCCCCUCCCAUUGCUUCCAUGUCAGUCUCCUCCCGUUUACCCCCCCCCCCUUGACCUACUUCGCCUCUUCUUUACCCUUCUUCCUCCUCCUCCAUGUGCUCCCCUCCCAUUGCUUCCAUGUCAUCUCCUCCCGUUUACCCCCCCCCCCUUGACCUACUUCGCCUCUUCUUUACCCUUCUUCCUCCUCCUCCAUGUGCUCCCCUCCCAUUGCUUCCAUGUCAGUCUCCUCCCGUUUACCCCCCCCCCCUUGACCUACUUCGCCUCUUCUUUACCCUUCUUCCUCCUCCUCCAUGUGCUCCCCUCCCAUUGCUUCCAUGUCAGUCUCCUCCCGUUUACCCCCCCCCCCCUUGACCUACUUCGCCUCUUCUUUACCCGUCUUCCUCCUCCUCCAUGUGCUCCCCUCCCAUUGCUUCCAUGUCAGUCUCCUCCCGUUUACCCCCCCCCCCUUGACCUACUUCGCCUCUUCUUUACCCGUCUUCCUCCUCCUCCAUGUGCUCCCCUCCCAUUGCUUCCAUGUCAGUCUCCUCCCGUUUACCCCCCCCCCCUUGACCUACUUCGCCUCUUCUUUACCCGUCUUCCUCCUCCUCCAUGUGCUCCCCUCCCAUUGCUUCCAUGUCAGUCUCCUCCCGUUUACCCCCCCCCCCCUUGA